GAUCACGAGUCUUGACCGAUUCGAUACCGAUCCAGUCUCUAGGGUUCAUUAGGGUUUUUGAUAUCAUUAUAAAGCUGGUCUCCACAGCUCUCUAUACUCUGCGCUACCUAGGACCCCGACUUCCGCAGAGGACGUUAGAGACUACCUUUGCUUUCUCUGGUAAAAUGGCUACUGUUCCUGGGCCUUUGAUUUGGGAGAUCGUGAAGAAGAACAACUCGUUUCUCGUUAAGGAGUUCGGGAAUGGGACUGCUAGUGUGCAGUUCAGUAAGGAGAGCAACAAUCUCUACAACGUUAACUCCUUCAAGUACUCAGGGCUGGCAAACAAGAAGACAGUUUCGAUUCAACCUGCGGGAAAAGAUCUGUCUGUGUUGCUUGCCACUUCCAAGACGAAGAAGCAGAACAAACCUGCAAGUUAUCUCCACAAGUCCGUCAUGAAGAACGAAUUCCGUAGGAUGGCUAAGGCUGUUAUCAACCAGGUUGCAGAUAACCACUACAGGCCAGACCUGAAGUAUGCGGCUCUUGCAAGGCUUAGUGCUGUGCAGAAGAGCCUCAGGGUUAGCAAGUCGGGUGUCAAGAAAAGGAACAGGCAGGGGGUCAAGGUCCACGGUAGGAAGUGAAUCAAGAAGUGAUUUUUUGUGAUGAGGGGUUCUUAGUUUUUCUUUUUGAAGCUUUUUCUUCUUUUGGAUUCACCAUUUUUAAUUUGGUAGUGUGAAUUGAGAGGCUGAGACAUUUGUUUUAGAAGCUGAAAAUAUAUGUUUGAACUUGAAUUUUGGUAUAAACCGUUCUGUCGUUCUUUCUGAAGCA